UCUUGCAGGGGUGGGGAACAGGUGGCCUAGGCUGGGUGUUCCUGGGCAUCUGUGGUUACGGACAGGGGAGGAAUCCAUGUGUAUGGCUGGGCACAAAAUCAUCCUCCCAGGAUGCCCCAAGCCCUCUCACCUACAAGAGUGGUACCAACACCAUGCAGAGAGCCCACCCAGUAGCUGGGGCCCCCUCUGGCUGUGGAAGACCUUGGCCGAUGCUGCUUCUAGCAGCCCACGUUCUGAAUUCGUGCUUUGCACUGGUGCAAGCUGAGAACAUUAGAAUUCCCAUCGUCUUGCAUCCCUGGCGCCCAUCACUGGGAAAUGAUGUAACACUGGUCCCAGUCAGUAGCAUGGAGAGGGUCUCAUUCUGCGGCUGGUUCCGAGGGAAAAUAUCAGAGGCAAGUAAUAUUGUGACCUACCAACCUCAGCCAGUCUCCAUAUUUAAUAUCAGCUGGGCCUACACUGGGCGGGUGGACAUCAAUCCACAUUGCUCCCUACACAUCACUAAUUUAACCCUCCUGGACAGCGGCUACUACAUGCUACAAAAGAAAAAAGUUCUGCCGGACUCAUCCGAAGUGGGGAGGAUAUACCUGGCGGUCAAAGAUCUGGACAGAAAAAGGAAGGCGCAUAUUCCUCCUGCCAAAGUCACGGCGGGGAUUGUCGUCGGAUGUAUUUCGCUGUCCCUGUUCUUGGUAGGCAUCACUUCCUACUACGCGUUGAGCAACUAUGCAAGAAUUGAUCCUGAACAAGCCAAUUCAAUUCUGAUCUGAAGCAAAAGCCAGGAGUCCAGAAACAUCUGGAAGGCCAAAGAUUCUGCACCCCUGCCUUAAAUCACAGAGGUUGGUAGUCACGGUUUCCUUCUGAGGGUCCAUUUCCGCCUCCAGAUGUCAACGAGAGCAUGGCGUCUUCAGUUAAGGGAGCUGUGUGUACAGCAGGAGGAGGUUGGGGCUAGACUUGGCCUUGUGGCACCUAGUGGGUUGGAGAUUACCCUUCUAGUCCCAAAGGGAGUAGGAUACGGAUCCUUCUGGUUUCCCUUCUCUGAUUCUAGACAAGCUCUCUUCUAAAGGGGGGGAAAGCAGAAGAGAUCAUCAUUCUCCAGUACAGCGGUGGCCUUUGGAGCAGCAACAGCCAACCCCAAAGACUGUAUGAGUCACUGCCUUCCCCACAGCAAGAGGAGUAGCUCCAUCUAUCUGGAAACCGUGAAUGAAAUAAUCGAGGACAGUCGUCUGGCGGCGUCUUGAGCACCAACCCUUACAGCCAACCGGAACCCCAGAGGCAGAAAAUAACAUCAUAUAUACACCUGUGGAAUAAAAGCCUCC